CCGGCUGCUGGUAGGUGCGUGGUGGGAAAAUUCAUUCAGUCGUAGAUUUGAAAACAUUUACUAUAAACAUGAAUUUUAGGGUCAGACUGUAAUUUAGCCACGUAUAACAGUGAGCAGACACAUUCACCAGUUAUCACCCAUCACCCAGCUUGCUUAUUUGUGCAACAUGAAGAUUGCAGUAGAAGGCUGUUGUCAUGGCGAGCUGGACAAGAUAUAUGAGACAAUUGAAUAUCUGGAGAAGAGGGAAGGGGUGAAAGUGGACCUGUUACUUUGCUGUGGAGACUUUCAAGCAGUGCGAAAUGAAGGAGACAUGAAGUGCAUGGCAGUACCGGCCAAGUACAGAACGAUGCAGACCUUUUACAAAUAUUAUUCUGGAGAAAAGAAGGCUCCAAUCCUUACCAUCUUCGUUGGAGGGAACCAUGAGGCCUCCAACCACCUGCAGGAACUGCCUUAUGGAGGCUGGGUGGCACCCAACAUUUAUUAUCUGGGUUAUGCUGGUGUUGUUCGCUACAAAGGGAUUCGAAUUGGGGGGUUAUCUGGAAUCUUUAAGUCUCGUGACUACAGAAAGGGUCACCAUGAAUUCCCUCCAUAUAAUCCUGAUACUCUGCGAAGUGUUUACCACAUAAGAAAUAUUGAGGUAUUCAAGCUGAAGCAGAUCCAGAUGCCUAUUGACAUUUUCAUGAGUCAUGACUGGCCUCGUGGAAUCUAUCACUAUGGAAGUACAGGUGAACUCCUACGAAAGAAGAAAUUUCUGCGUCAGGAAGUUGAGUCAAAUACUCUGGGGAGUCCUGCUGCUGAAGAGCUUCUAGCUCACCUCCAGCCCAACUACUGGUUCUCUGCACAUCUUCAUGUGAAAUUUGCUGCCCUUAUGCAGCAUUCGCCUAAAAGUAAUGCUAGUCCACGUGUAACCAAAUUCCUCUCUCUGGAUAAGUGUCUACCCUAUAGGGAAUUCUUACAGAUUGUGGAUGUUCCAGAGAGGUCAGGUUCAUCUGAAGGUCUGGAAUAUGACCCAGAGUGGCUUGCUAUUCUGAAGGCCACCAACAGUCUACAGAGGACCACCCCUCAUCCCUGGAACCCCCCCGAGAAUAAUGGCCUGCAUGAACGAUGGGACUUCACAGCUUCAGAAGAAGAUAUGAUGCAGGUGAUAGAGGAUCUCAGCGGUGAACUUGCCAUUCCAGACAACUUUAGCCAGACUGUACCAGCCUAUGAUCCUGCAAAGCCCCAGCCUCAUACCAGCCCAAGCUGUAACACCAACCCACAGACAACAGAGCUGUGUGCCACAUUAGGUCUCACAGACAUCUAUGCCCAGGUUGGACAGGGAGGUGAUGAACUCAACAGGAGUCAGGGCAGUACCAGAGGGGAGGUGGGAAAUGAUGAUGACGAAGAUGGCCACAGUGUAGGAAGUGUGGAUGAGCCAAGCGAGUACCCAACAGACACUUCAGGACUGUCAAACUCAUAUAAUCCUGAUGAGAUCACAAUUGAGGAUGAGUGGGAGGAAGAGGAGGGAGAGGAAGUUAAGAGUGAGGUUCAAAACAGGUCUGAUUCGAAAGAGGGAAAUAAACCAUCUGAUUUACCUGUAGGUGAAAUCCACACUCCUAGCCGCAUGCUUCUUCCAGAGCCAAAGUCUAAAACCUCACCCACUCACUUAAGUUACCUAAUGGAUUUGCCACCUCCCUCCCACUCUACCCCAGCACCAACCCAUUCUCCAUCUGGCCCAGAAAGGGAAGGACUAGGGGAGGGUAGUAAUGAUGAGGUUUCACCUGUACGUAUCCUAAAACGUACAAGUGAUGAGACUGGGAAUGCUGGGAGUAGAGGCAAAGCACCCAUGAUCAAACGCAGGAACCAGCUUAUCUACACAGCAGUGGAUGAUGAUGAGAAUGAGGAUUAGGGGUGAGGCUCAGAUAAGGAAAAGGGUGAGGACUCUAUGCCACUCUGUAAUGUUUUUUUUUUUUUUUUUUACUAAGUGUACAGCUCUUUGUAUGAAUUGGUAAGAUUUAAUAUUUUUGAACAUUAAUUUAUGAUUUCCCGGCCUACUUCUUUUAUACAGCUACAGGAUGAUUUAAAUGUCUAAAAGCAGAGUGUACACAACAAAUGAAAUUUAUUUUAUAUAAACAGGUUAUCAUAUCCAUUAGUAACAAUUGGAUGGUCUUAAGGUUUUAUAUUUCAGUCUAACUACAAGUAUUUUAUAAAUCUUUUUUUUUUUUAGUUCUGUGGUCGAGGUCUUUUUUUACAUAAUGUAAAACAAUGACCAUGAUUAAAGAGGUUUCUUUACAAACACACA